UUUAUCUGAGAAAUGAGAUUCGAGUUUGGUUUGGUUAGCAAAUCAUGUUUUUGUACAAUUUAUUUUAGUGAACUCAUUUUCUUCUUUAGUAAGUGGAAUAAUUUUACAGCUUUAAUGUUAAAAAGAAACAACUAAUCAAAGAUAGAAGAAAAAUAAGUGAUUAUCUCCUUAGUAAUCUAAGACUUACAAACAUGAAUAUCAUUAACAUAGGUAGGCUUACUUUGUUACUUUGCAGUGCGUAUUUUAUCAUAGUUAGCAAUGAGCAGAAAGAAAAAUGUUUUGGACUUAUACUUGGAGAAAAUUUUUGAGAAAAACAUAGCGCUGAAGGAUCAUGACAUAAAAAGGUCACAAGAAGUCUUCGAUAGCGUAUUCGACCAAGUGAAAAAAGCUAUGGAGAAACAAUGCAAUUAUUUCGCGAAAUACAAUAGUGAGGUUAUGUGCGCCGGCAGUGUUUAUGACGGUAUCAAAAUAACUAAACUUGACGAAUACGACAUGGACAUAGUCAUUCGGUUACCGAUCAGCUACGACGAAGGCAUCAUAGUAGAGAACGAAAGACCUGGCUUCGUCAAAAUGAAAAUAGGGAAUGCAUUCGACAAUCUUGCCAAACAACCCGAAUGGGAGAACUGUCAUAAAGUAACGUACACAUGGCGAGAUGACGAAAAAUAUUUUUUACAAAAUAAAUUUAGACAUUGGGUACAGGGGAUAGUACAACGAGCUCUCAACGAAAUGGAGUACAAAGUGUGUGUGAAUGGAGUGGUAUAUCUGUUGAAGUACACGCAGUCGGGACCAGCCUAUACGCUGAAGAUCAAAGCGGACGAGAGCCAAGAAGAAAACGAGCCUUUCCAUCUCGACGUGGACUUGGUGCCUGUGAUCCGGUUCAGAUACCCUCGAUGGCCACAAGGAUACAGGACUCCCCUUAACAAUGAUAUCAAAAAUUGGUUAGUGGUGCCUAAACCCAACAAGGCACUUGAGGAUAUAGCGCUGCAAAAUCGCUGCUGGAGGCUCUCUUUUCAGGAGUUCGAGAGGGAUAUGAUGAAGGGCUGCCAGAACUUGAAGAAAACCAUUCGACUGGUAAAGAAACUUCGCGACGUCUUACGCCUGAAAGCCAUCGCCAGUUACUACAUAAAGACACUAUUUCUAUGGAAAAUUUCAGAAACAUCCAAAAAAUAUUGGGAGACAAAACCUAGUGUUCUUUUUCAAACAAUGGUGGCGAUCCUUCGGGAUGCAAUAGAAAAGAAAAAUAUUCAGUAUUUCUGGCACAAGGAACAUAAUUUGAUCAAGGAUCUUACCGACAAGGACAGGGAGGACUAUGUAUGUAAACUAAAACCUGUUUUAGAUGGCAUUAAAAAUAAUGAAAUGGAAGCAGUAUUAAAUGGAUUAUUGACUAAAGCAGAACAGGUACAGUUUAAGAGGCAAGAUUUUUAUCAAAAACUUAACGGUGGAGCAGCUACAACUAGUAAGGCACAGGCGGCAAAGCCAUCUCAGGUAGACCGUGAACUUGUCCAUACGUUAAUGAGUAAAAUAGAUCAGUUAACGUCAAAAGUAGACAAAAUUAGGGAGGAAAUGAGCAAGCUGAAAGUGGGGAAUGAUUUGAAAGAGGAAUUCUUGAAUAUUGUUGGUGAUGUGGACGAGAUUUCUGAUGAGAUCGAAGAUUUGGGGUACGAUGUGGAUUACUCGCCGAAGCGGCUCAAGAUGCCGGAUGGAUCGGGAAGAACUCCAAAAUACUAAUGUCGCUACUUAUGAUGAAACAAUUACUUUGUGCCAUCAACACGGUCAAAGAGUCAUCAAUACACGUUUUAUUUAACACUGAAAUAUUUUUUUAUAAUAGGUAAGAUCAUCCGAAUAUUGUAACUUGAAAAUUUAUUCCAAGAAUUUUUUCUACAUAAAAGUAAUUUUAAUAAUGCACCUAUUGCUUUUAUUUUAUGUAAAUCAAUUAUUUUCAAAUAAACAAUGAAUCAUUUAUUGCUUCAUAUGAUGGCUUGAUAUGAUGCCGUGUGAUCUCCGGCGCUGUAGAAUACUUCAUCUCUUUUCUAUGUAUGUCGUAAAAGGCGACUAAAACAUAAACUUGAGUUUCUUAUUUAAGGCGAUGGGCUAGCAACACAGCUGUAACUAUUUUAAUCUCAUUAGAAAGUGAUCUUUAGGUUUUGAGACUGUUGGCUCUGCAACCCCGUAAUAAAUAAAGACGUAGUUAUAUCUACGCAAGAGAAAGAAGAAAACGCACAAAAUAUAAACUAUUGUAAAUCGAAUCAGUACUCAAAUUGAAAAACUUUCAUUUUGAAGCAAAAUUUUGUAUAUGGCAUCCAGCAGUGUAAAAAAACCUUUACUUCGCCAUAUAUUACCAAAAAUUAACGUCUUUGCAAAUUUAUCAUUUUUGGUAAAUCACUUCUGCAUCGCAAUUGCAAGUAAUUUCAUGUUAUAAAAUACAGUGGUAAAAUACAAUAUUAAUAAUACACAAAAAGAAAUUUUUAACUACAUUGAAUUUUGUUUUUAUAGAAAAAAAAGAUAAAUAUGUUACAGCCAUAAACGCACCAUAAAACAUAAACGUGCACGUACGUAUUUACUAAAAGAAUAAUCGAUUACACGCUAUACAUAGAAUCGAGUUCACUGAGGCGUCUUUAUUGAGCGCUGUUUAUAUUUUGAAAAUUAUAUUUAUGUAAUUUCUAGUUGUAAUAGUAACCAUUUAUCAUACAUACACGUGCCAACACAUAAAUAUAUCAAUUGAGUACAAUCAAAGUGUGUCUCACUGUAUAUGCCUUUAUACCCACGAACGUAAUUUUAUGUUUCAGUUCUAGAAGAUAUCUAGACCUAGAUAAGAAUAAUUACUGAUGUAUAAAGAAGUAAAUCUAUUUAAAUAAUAAGUAUUUUCCACAAUUCUUCAUUCAUCGUUGAGGAGUACGCAAAAUUUCAAAUUCUGUGGUUCUACUCGCUCAAAAUGAUUGUAGAAAUGAUUUAAUAAUUCUCCGUUCUUCGUGAUAUUAUUUCAAGAAACGAUGUCGCUUACACGAUCACAAAAGAUAUGUGCGGUACAGAUCCACAUGCUUUGAGAUAUCUAUGUGUUGUUCCGAAUGUACUAACCAACACUGGAAAGCCAGCACGCACUGGCAACACUAUUAUCCAUUAUUACAAUGUGCAGUCGAAGCGGGUAUUUUUUUUUUAUUACACACUAGUGACUUUCUAUAGUUGACCAACGCGUGAGCCUAAUUUCUGAGACUAAAAUUCUCUUAAGACCGGCAAGUUUACAUAAUGCAAAAAAAUAAAAUAAAUAAAUUAGUCUCACGCAAUAUUAACUUAUUUAGUUUAGCUAACAAUAUGAGAUAAGUAUAAUUAUAUUAUCAUUUUAUUAUUAUAUUUAAUAUAACGCUAAUUUAUCAGGGAAUCUAAAUAGUCUAAUAAAGUAUUUAAACGAUAAUAAAUAUGGCCGCUGAAAAAUAUAAUUUCGUUUAGUAGAACUACCGGAUAACAUAAACCAUAGAAAUGUAAAAAAAAUGAUGUGACAAUAUAUGUAUAAUAUAUUUAUCAGCUGCCAUAUUUUGAUUAUAUUUGUAUGAAUUGGAUAUGGCAACAUUAUUAUAGCAUUUUCAUAAAUUUCCUAUUUUCAGUUGUUGUUAGAGAUGCCCACUUAAUACGGUCCCUAAAAAACCUGAAUGCCAAAUUUCAUCUUUUAUUUAAACUUUGCAUUAUCUGUUAUUCAAUGACUUGUGCUUAUAUUUUUAACUUUUAUAAUUAUUUAGCUGGCAUUUUAGAAAAAUUGGGCAAUGCUUAAUUGAUAUUUAGUUAAUUAUUUAAUAAAUAGGGAUGAUCUAAAAGUUAAACAGAACAAAAAAACAAUGAUAGGUGUCUUAAAAGCUAUGGUCAAAGCAUACCCCGGGCUCCUCUCCAGAGAAGUGAGGAUGCAACCAGAUCUAAAGCCAGAAGGAAGAAAGUUUCAUAUAAGCAAAAUUCAAUUGACUCGUGAUCAACGUGGAGGAUGGUCUUACAGGUAUUCGUAUUGGGUCCCAUAAAUUUUAAUGAAUAAUAGCAUUAUUUCGCAUAUUCUUUAACCCUUUUUAAUUUUGAAAAGUGAUUAUGACGUCUUUUAACUGCCGGCAAAAUGUAUAGGCCUCGAACCCGAGUGAAAGAAGAAACUUGACCCAUUUUCAAUUUUAUUUGAAUGUUGCCACAUCCAUUACGACGCAUAACCAAGCUUUUUAACGACCAACAUCAUCCCUUUACUCACAUUUACAUUAACUUUUUACAUCUCCACUGCUAACUAGAAAUUAACAUAAGUCGAAUAUAAUUUGGUAAUUUUUAGUGAUUACAUGUUACGAUACAAUCACUGUCGCCUUUUAACAAAUAAAUUGGAAUAAUUGUCAUAUUUGUGAUUCAACACUGAGUUUCAUAUUUCUGUAACAUUAUUCUUUAUAUAUAGAUAUUUGAAUAUACAUUUUACACAAAGCUAUAGAAAUGGGUCACAGAAAUCAGAAAAUAAAAAAAACCAGUUAAAUCAGUGCGAGUCUAAAAGAAAAGGCGUAGUUUCUUAAUACUUUCGAAUAUAGUACAAAGUAUUGUUAUCGAGAGAGCUUAAUUGGAAAUAUAUAUAAAAUUUCUUAUAAUUCAAUUUAAACUCCAAUAAAAAUCCUCCAUAUACCACAAACUGUAUGUAUAAGUAUUUCGUAAAAGUCAAAUUAAAAGGGAUUAUUAAGUUAUUAUUAGUUAGCAUUAAAUAAUUUUUAUUUUAAUUAAUUAAAUAUACCUUUACAAAUGGUCAGACAAUGAAAUCUUUCUGUGUUUGUUAAUAAGGCACAGUUCGUAUAUAGCCAUUUAGAAGUUUUUUUUUAUUGUAGUAGAAACUACGCCUUUCGUUAUAUUAUCAGGCGCUCUUAAGAAACUGUUGACAUACAAAUAAACGUAUGUUUUCUACGCCUUUUUAUAUCAAAAUUAUACAAAUACUUAUCUUUAUUAUAGAAUAUAGAUAGGUAGCAUAGUGGUAAAAUUUUAUAGUAAAAGUCGCGAUUGGUCCGAUUCGCAAUUAGUCCAAUGUUAAAAAUAUGUCCAAAUCGUUACUCGUUCAAGUUGUGAUUGGUUCAAAAUAGCAAUGUUGCUUGCCUGAUUAUAUUGUGGUCCUAAAAAAAACAAAUGAAUAUACUAUAAGUUUGCCCCGACCCACUUACACAUAUCGAACAAAAAAUAUUUGGUAAAAAUUCGAUUUAAUUUUCCUUACAAAAAAAGAUUUCAUUCAAGUAAGUAUUAUGCUUUGAAAUAAUAAUAUUAGAUGUGCGAAAUUGCAAUUUAUAAAAUUUCUGACUCAAAACCAAGGUUGACAACCAAGGUACUUCGAAAAUUUUUGUAUAAAACAAAAUUGUGCCAAUUAUGUGUCAUUGUGUUCGUCAAAGAACGCGCACCACGGAAAAAUGUUAUGUUGGAAUAGAUUCGAAUUGGCUCGAUCGCGAUAAAGGUGAUUGGGCAAAUGCGAAUUGGACCGCUCGCGGAAUAGGCGAUUAGACCAAAUGCGAAUUAGACCAAUCUCGCUUAACCUAAUUUCGCAUGAAUCUAUUUUGAGCGGGAAAUUAUUAAACGUUUCAAUCCUUAUUUGUUGCAGCUAUUAUUUCGCGUAUUGUAAUACAAUAUUCCCUAUUUCAAACGUAUCGAACUAUGAAAUGUAUUGACAACUAAGAUGUUAUCUGCAAUCUAGUUGUGUAUGAUCGUGUGAAUGGCCGCUUUAGGGUCGAUUUAUACUACCAGAAACUCAUGGUCCAAUUGUAUAGCGAAACCAGUAUAACAUAUUUUGACGAAACACUCAUAUGAAUAAAAAUUAUAUAUAAAAACAAAAAAAAUUACAAAACGAUACAUAUAAGAGUUAGUAACUUGGUAAAGUUUCUCCUAUUUUAAAGUCUUGAAUAUAACAGAUACAAUUUUACAUACAUAAAAUUUUUAUAUUUUAUAUAUAUUAACUACAUUUAGAAAGGAAAUUGUUCCAUUUAUAGCAUCACUUCACACAUAUGCUACAUGCUUGUAUAUACUUUUUAUUUAUAUUAUAUUAUCUAGCUUUAUUAAAUGACAAACUUGUGACAAGUACAGCACACAAAAUUAAUUAUAUAAUAAAAAUUAACCAUGAUCUUUCUGCGUAGUAUAAAAUCGUACGUCGCACCUAAUAUUAUCCACUAGUGUUCAGUACUCGUGAAAUCAUGUCUUAGUCCAUUUCUAUGGGAUAAAUCAUACAAUUCAGUGCACCAUUAACAUAUUUUCUCAACCAAUGUGUGCUGGUAUUUUGAAUUCUAUUAAUUUUGACAGAUCAUAAUUAGGUAGUGUAUCACCAUCAGUAAGUUGGUUAAAGAUUCAUCCCUCAAACUUGCUGUAAUAAAGGUUCCUU